AUGACAAAAUCAAAAAAGACCAACUUUGCAGCGGCUGCUCUAGAUGAUAUCAAUGAAAAAGUAAAUGAUCAAUUCCAAAACAUUGUAGAUAAUGAAAAAAAAAUUCAUGGAAUAAAUCAGUCUACCGCUGAAACCCGUAAUACAAGUAAUACCACUAAUAAUAAUAACUUCAAAAAUAGACAUUUCUCAUUCUCAACAAUUUUAUCUAAAAGAGAUAGAACCUCCACAGGAAGUAUGUUUGCAGAUAAUGUAAAUAAUGGCAAUGACAAUAUGAACUUCGUAAUGGAUUUAAGCGAUAACCUACUUAUAGAAUGUAGAAGAUUACAAGGUGAAAUUGAAAGAAAAUCAAAAAAAUUAAAUCAAUACGAAUCAAAAUAUAAUAAAUUAAUAGAUGAAAAUAAAUCAUUAACUGAAAAUUACCAGAAUGAAUUUACAAAUUUAAAUAAACUAAUAUCCGACCUUAAAGAACAGAACACCCAAUUGAAUGAAAAAAUUAUUCAACAAAAUGAUACAUUAAAUAAAUCUGAUCAACGAAAUAAAGAUUUGGUUUUCAAUUCUAAUAGUGACAUGGAAUCCACAUAUGGAAGUGAAACUAAAAUGAAUAUCGAAGAAAUGAUAAUAGCAAUUGAAAAACAAGGUAAUAAAAUCAUCCCUUUAAAGGAGUAUAAUGGUAAUUUGGAAAAUAUCAGAGAAUGGGAGUUCCCAUCUGAAAAUUAUUUAAUUGAAAAAUCACAAAAAUUUGAUAAAGUUUUGAUCUCAAAGGAUGAACUUCACAAUUUAAACAAUCCUACUUUAAACUUUUUGCAAUCAACUUUAUCAAAACUAGGCUAUAAAGCAGUAAAAGAAGAUGAAGUUCAAAAGGAUAACAGAGUCCCUGAAAUAGAAUAUAGUAUUGAUGAUAUAAUUGAAAACGAUGCAUUCGAUAAUAGCUCUGUCGCUAAAAUGGCCAAAAAAUUAAAUUUAACAGUUUUAUCAAAUGAUGAUUUUAACGAUUUACAAAAUUUAAUUCAACAUCCAACUACCGAAUACCUGAAUAAAAAAGUAAUGGAGACUGAUAAUAUAAUGAUUGAUAAAAACGAAUAUGAUUUAUUAAUGAACAAUUUGAAAAACCCUGACCUUGAUGAAAUUUCAAUUCUUGCAAGAGAAAAUGGAUAUAUUCUUGUUAAUGCAAAUGAUAUUAAUAAAUUUGAAAAUUCUUCUGAUGAAAAUAUCACCGAUGGCAUAAACAAUGGAGAGUACAUCUUAUUAAGGACAACUGAAUAUGAAACAUUGGCACAACAAUCGAAUACUAACAUAAAUAAAGAAGAAGUUAUAAAUUUAUGUUCAAAAUUCGAUCUGAUUCCUUUAUCUCAAAGAAAAUACGAUGAAUUGAUUAAGGGACCAGAUGAAGAGACUAUGAGUAAAUUUGCAUCAGAAUUUGGUUAUGUAGCAUUACCAAGAGAAGAAUUUGACAUUUUACAAUCUAAAAUUGAAUCACCCACUGAAGAUGUAAUAGAAAAAUAUACAGACGAAAGAGGUUUAAUGGUGAUAAAAAAAGUCGAGUAUGAAGCUUUAAAUUCAAAAAUUAAUAAUAUUUCUAAACUCGAUUUAGAAAAUAUGGCUGAAAAACUAUCAAUGAAAGUAUUAACCAAUGACGCAUACGAUUCUAUGGUUAAUGAAAUUAAUAAUAGAUCUGCCAGAUCUACUACACCACCAGCAUCUAGAGUUUUAGCUAGCAAACAAUUUUUUGAACAAGUUAUUCGUGAAGAAAAUGACCACCAAGAUAAGAUUUUGCAUUCGACAAAAAAAAUGGGUUUCGUGACGUUAUCUAACAAAGAAUAUACGCAGUUGAAGGAAAACCAAAAAGAUCACAUAUUAACAAAGACAGACAUUUAUAACGGAGCUAAAAAUUUUGAAUUGACAGUAUUACCAACAGAUGAAUACAAGCAAUUAUUGAAAAGAAAAAAUUUCAGAAAUAGUCUUACCUAUGAUGACAUUAAGCAAUUUGCAGCUAAAUUUGAUAUGAAACUAACACCAAUCGGACUUUCUGAAUAUGAUUCGCCGAGAGGGAAAGUUAAGAACUCUUCAUUAAUGUUUCGAGGAUUAAAUGAAUCAAACCUUUCAAUAUUAUCUACUGAAACACAAUCUAUAUAUUAUGAUGCCGCUGCCAAUAUUGAUAAAUCCAGACCUUCAUCAUCCGUACUUCUUUCUGAGAGCAGACCAGAAUCACCAUUCAUUCGUAAGUCAACACCUCUGAAAAAAAAUAUCGAUAUUGCAACUGACAAAUCUAGCAUCACCGAAGAGAAUACAGGCACAGAAGACGGAGAUGAUGCCUCGAUAAAUACAAUGUCAGAUUCUGUAACAGAUAACGCUGAAAGCGAAAGACAUGAUUUUUCAUUAUUGGAACUAAAAAAUAAGGCAUUAGAAUUUGGAUAUAGACUAAUUCCUCUUGAUGUCGAAGUAAACAGUGAAGAGACAAAAUCAGGAUCUUCAGUCAAUAUAGUAAAUGAAUCAAUCGUAUCCAAUCCAUCACAAUCAUCAGGUAGAUUAGUUUUCUCUGAUGGUUCUAGAGAUCAAAAUAUUGAUAGCUUCAACUUCGAAACUGAAAAUAGCAAUGUUUCUACACAACCUCCUUCGACAAAUAAUUAUGUUGACAACAAUGAAUUAAGUAAAGAAUAUUUAGAAGAAAAGGCCAAUGAUCUUGGUUUAAUGUUAAUAACCGAAACGGAAUUUAUGGACUUGAACAGAGAUAAAGUUCCAAUCUAUACCGAAGAGUCAAUUAGGGAAGAAGCAAAGUUACUGAACUUGGCUGUUUUGGAAAUUAAUGAACUAAAUUCACUACAUAUCAAAGCAGAUUACGAUAAUAUUAGCACUCCAGAACUAAGGGAUAUUGUUGAAAAGAGAGGCUAUCAAUUAUUAUCAGAACAAGAAGUGGAAAAUAUCAAGGAGGAAUUUAAGGAAAGUCUUCUUUCACCUACAAAUAUCCAAGAAAAUAUAUCUCAGCUUGGUUAUUCAAUAGUACCAACAGAAAGAUAUACCAUUGAAAUGUCUGAAAGGAGCAAUUUAGAUAAAGAAUGUAUUAAGUUGAAAGAACAGAAUGAAGAAUUACAGUUGAAAGUUGAGGAAUUGACAAUGCCAGAAACUAGAGCUGUUGAAAAAGAAAGUAAAGAAGGAAAUAACGAAGAAAAUAAGCAGUUAGAAUUACAAAACUCAAUUGAUCGUUUAAUAAUAGAAAAUGAAAACUUAUCAAGUGAUAUCAAUAAUAUUGAAGAUACUCAUAAUGCACUAAAAGAUGAUCAUAUUGUGCUAGUGAGUAAUCAUGAGGAAUUAAAAUUACAGUUGGAAACCUUGACAGUGCAUAAAGAGGAUCUUGAGAGACGUAUCGAUGAGUUAGAAGAUAUGAAAAUAGCUGAAUCUGAACUAAAUUUGCCUUUUUUAAAGCAGCGAGCUAUUGAAUUGGGAAUGGUUAUUAUCUCUAAAGAGGAACAUGACGAUUUUGUAGGACAAAGCUUUCUAGAAAAUACUGGAAAAUUUGACUAUCCUGAUGACUUCGUUAGGACACAUUCGAGGAAUAAAUCAUCUGCCUCUAAUCGAUUAUCUAGUGCAAUUACUGACAGCGAAGGUAGACACUCUGAUGAAAGUUUGACAUCCGAUUUGUUGAGUAAGAAUUUAAAUAAUAUAAAGGAAGAAGAAAAUUUUGGAUCUCAAGUCCAGUUUGAUGAAGGAAUUAGUGAAAAUAAGGCACCAGUACUUACUGAAGAAGGUGUAAGAAAUUUGGCAACAGAUUUUAAUCUAAUAGUAUUGACUAGGGAUGAAUAUACAAAGUUAACUCUAGCUGUAGAAAAUCCAAACAAUGGUCUCGAAUUUGCAUCAUUAGAUUCAGUAAAUUCUGAAUUAUCGAAGUUGACUAAAUAUACCGAAAAAAUAACAGUUCAAGAAGAAUCCCAUGGUUCUAGAUCGAGUUCAAAACAAGGUAUUGUUGAUAGUUCUAGUUUAGAAGAUUCGCUAGAUGAACUCUUAAAAUAUAAAACACCGCAAUCUACUGUGGGUAAAUCUGCAGAUUUUGAAAGCAAUACAGUAGCAAAUAUUGAGAGAAAGCUUUCUUUUGAUGAAAUUACACACGAAGCAGAAGAGAUGGGGUUCAUGUUGGUAAACAAAGAUGAACAUAAAGAACUUUUAAAACGAAUUGAGGAAAAGACUCCUGCAGAAUCCGAUCUAGACUUAAAUGGUAUAAAGGACAAAGCUUCAAAGUACAAUUGUGUUGUUUUAGAGUCAGAUGAAUUUAAAGCUAUAAAACAGAAAAUAGAUAAUUCCGAAAUUUCCGCAGAAAAUAUAAUUAAUGAGGCACCAAAAUAUGAUUUAGUUGUGUUACCAAGUAAUGAUUAUGAAGAACUUAAUAAUAAAUUAAAAAACCCAGUUUUAACUGAGAAGCAACUCAGAGAACAGGUAGCUGCUUUUGAUUCAAUUCUUCUUCCUCAAAUUGAAUAUGGCCAAUUACAAGAAAAGUUAAAGAAUCCUGAUUUAUCAAAGAAACAAUUGGAAGAGUAUGCAUCACAACAUAACUUCAUUAUAGUAGAUGCUGAUGAAUAUAACUCAACAAAAGGUAAUGGUGAAAAUCGAAAUCUCACUAAAGAAGAACUAAUAUCAGAAGCUGAAAAUUUUGAUUUGGUAACGAUUAGUAAAGAUGAAUUCAACCUAAUGAGAAAUGAGUUUGAAUACCCUACUUUGAAUAGACAACAGUUAACUGAAAGGGCGAUUGAAUUUGAUUCAGUUAUUGUAGAUGCUAAAGAAUAUAAACAAAUGGAAAAAGCCAUUCAAAAUCCAAUUAUCACAAAAGAACAAAUUGCCGAUCAAGCUCCAAACUUUAAUUUAAUAUUAUUAGAAGAAGAGGAAUAUGAGAAACUUCUAGAUAAAGAGCCGGUUGAAAAAUACGCUAAUCAAAGUAGAAAUGUAAGUGAGCCAAUUAAUGACAUUGGUAACGUUAGGGCAAGUGCUAAAAAUUUUGGCCUAUUAUGUGUACCAGAAAAUGCUUAUAUUUCUACACCAAAUGCUCCUACUCCAAAUCCAGAUGAAGAUGUUGUUUUACCAUCCUCAUACUAUCAACAGCUGUUAUCUACAAACGAUGUUUCUUUAAGUGGCGUCACUAAUAGUGAUCUAGAACAAGAAGUGAGAAAACGUGGAUUGACAAUAUCAUCGAAUGAGGCUAAUAUUAAUAGCUUCUUACCACCUCCACCAAUAGGCCCAGCUUCAGAAUAUCCAAGAUCUCAUACGAGGUCAUCUUCAAAAAAUGGUAAUCACUCUGAAUAUAGUAGCUACCAUGGCAGAACGCCGUCCAAUACAGAUGCUUCAGUUCUAUCAAGAAUAGAAAGUGGUACAGUGAAUCAUGCAUACAUGUCUCAAACAAUGAAUGAUGUUGUAUCUUUACCAACUAUUGCAUCAUUUAGCGAGCCAAGCAUGAUUCCUGCCUUAACUCAAACCGUCAUUGGUGAAUAUUUGUUUAAAUAUUAUAGAAGACUAGGGAAAUUUGGUGGUGAAUCGAGACAUGAAAGGUAUUUCUGGAUCCAUCCUUAUACUUUGACACUUUACUGGUCAUCAUCCAAUCCAGUGUUGGAUAAUCCUUCAGCUAACAAAACUAAAGGGGUUGCCAUUUUAGGUGUUGAAAGUGUUGCGGACAACAAUCCAUAUCCUGUUGGUCUAUAUCAUAAGAGUAUUGUUGUUAAGACAGAAUCGCGUAACGUCAAAUUUACGUGUUCUACAAGACAAAGGCAUAAUAUUUGGUUUAACUCAUUAAGGUAUCUAUUGCAACGUAAUAUGGAAGGUAUCAAGGUUAACGAAUUAGUUGAUGACUUAUCUGAUAAUAUGUAUUCCGGAAAAAUCUUCCCAUUACCAGGUGAAACCUCUAAAACAGCUAAUUCCAGAUUGUCUGGUUCACGUAGAGUGAUUCCAAGUUCAUCAUCAAACCUUGGACACCGAAGUAGGUUACCAGCAAAUUCAUCUCCAUUAUUAAAGACAAAUUCCGGACUGUUCAAAAGAUCCCAUCAUUGA